CACGUUUCUGUUUUUGGGUUCUAGAUGAAGAUAAGUGGACAGGGGACAAGAGACAUGAGUACUCGAGUCAUUCACCACACAAAGCCCUAAUUUGACCGCCCUCCAUCCAGCCAUCCAUCCUCCUCCCCUCUGGUGCUCCGGCUUCAAGCAUGAGUGAUGCUCUUUCGCCGGAGCCAUCUCUCCACCACCCUCCCUGGAGGCGCCAGAACAUGGCCCUCAACAAUCCAUAUCCAUCCCAGAUGGUUCUCCUCAACACCGCUCCGUCACAGCAUACCAACUCAUACCCAUUAUGACAUUCUACGAGUCCCUCCGACAGCAACGUCGGCCGAGCUGAAGAAACAAUUCUACUUUCUCAGUAAAGAAACACAUCCUGACCUGAACAAAUCAGACCCCGAAGCCUCCAAGAGAUUCGCCGAGAUUUCCGAGUCGUAUAGCGUAUUAUCGAACCCCGAGAAACGCAAAAAAUACGAUCGAGAUGUUAUGCGCCAUCAUCACAUGUCGCGAAGUCACUCUGGCCAUCAUCGACACCACGGCGCCGGAGGGAGUGGCAGUUCAUAUGCUGGGUCGCGACCGGCUAGCGGUUUGAGCAAGAGACGCAGUAUAUUCAAAGGCCCACCGCCGAGUUUCUACGCGCAUGGAAAACCUUCGGAUAGCACAAGACAUCAGCACCAACAUCAGCAACAAGCUGGCUCCCAAGCUGGAACAUUCAAUGCGUCGGCGUACGCGGAGCCUGGGUCAUGGGACCCAGCGUUCGACAGCAGCAGUGUAUUCAAAACACAAACACAUGAAGACUAUCGACGAGCUAACCGUCGAGCGGCGGAAUUGGCUGCCCUUAGAGAAGCAGCAGCAGAGGACCAGAGCAAUUUCUGGAGUCGCUUCAUUCUGGUUUCAGGUGUCAUUGUCUUGGGCAUCAGUUUGGCGACCUUGGUCAGUUCAAAGGUCAAUUCGAGCUCAAAGGGUGGAUUGGUAAGGGCGGAUGGUACGCGUAGAAAGAGAUCGGAUUGAGGUGACUAGUCCGGUCUCUCAUGUUUUUAUGUCUGGAGGAUUCUAUGACGUGAGGGCCGCUUUAUACGACUUGGUCUGGAUUGUAGAAUAUGUAGAAGAUGGAAUGCACCGACGAAUGUUCUUCUCGUAGAAUCAAAGGA